AUGGCGAACGAGGCCCUUGACAAGUCUGCUAUCUAUGUGUCUUUCACUACCGACUCGGGGUCACCUGUAGAAAGCCCUCGGAAGUUUAGUGGUAGGGGGCGCGCGGUGUAUGCGGACGGCUCCACUUUUGAAGGAGAGCUCGUAGAAGGCCGCCGCGAGGGCUAUGGCACCUACGCGUUUCCAAAUGGUGAUAAAUACGAAGGCCUCUACAAGAAUGGGAAGCGGCACGGGAAGGGCAGACUCACGUUUUCCGACGGAGGCUUCUUCCAUGGAGAGUUUCUUUGCGGACAGCGGGAGGGCAUGGGCGUCCGCCGCUUUGCGAACGGCGACUUUUACUUUGGGGAAUGGAAGAAGGGGCUCUACAACGGCCAGGGAACGUACACGUUUGGCCAGAACAAACAAAAGCUGAAGGGCGAAUGGGUGGCUGGACAGCUCGUACGGGGUGACUGGAUCUGGAGAGACAAGACAAGCUACUCGGGAACCUUCUGCGACAGCAAGCCGCAGGGCGAGGGUCUCUGGCGCUUCCCCACGGGAACUGAAGUUGCUGGGGUGUACAGCCAGCGCGUGAUACCUACUGACACCCGAGCAGCAGGAGCAGCGAAGGGAGAGGACGAACCUCUAGGGGCGCCACUGGUAAAGAGCCAGCAGGUCCUCCUUUCCUGGCAGACAGAGAAUCCGCAAUAUACCGGGGGCGGUCUCUUAGGCCUGGCGCGCUCAGCAGACGCCAAGCAGCCAGCUGUAUCGACGGCAGACAGUUUUCAGACUCUUCGCCAUAGCGCCCCCCAUGCCCCCCUUUUCAGGCCUCCAGAGAUUGCUGCUUCGCCCCUGGCACGAAACGCCGUCAAGGGGUCUCUUAGAGGUGAAUGCAUCUCGGAGGAGACACCUGCGUUUUAA